AUGAAUAGUCAACUUAAUUAACGCAAGGAUAGUGAUGAGGAAGGGACAAAUUUAGAUAUAUUAGAAUUAAGGAAUAACAAGAUUCCUAAAGUUUUGAUGGUAUUCAUGUAUAUUUUAGGAUUUAUUAGUAUAAUUCUGAUAAGCAUUUCAUUUGGAUGCAUGCUGUUCAACCCUGUUAAUGAGUAGGAAUAUCUAAAUAAUAUAAAAUUGUAAGAAUCUAUUUAAUUAUGGGCAAAUACUGAAAUGGCUGAGGAGUUUAAAUCUUAUAAAUUUGAAUUAGUUGUAAAAUCAUUUUCUAAAGAAAGGAAGCUAGAGAAAAUCCCUUUUUAAACUGCUGACAAGAGAUUUAACUUGACAGUGUCUCCUGGAUAUUUUGAAAAAUAGUUCAAAAACAAUGAAUAUUUAUUUGGUGUUUUUGAUUUUGAAUACUUUAAUGUUCCUUUAGGAGAUUCAGCAUAAUAUUGCUUACAGAUAAAAUAUUAUGAUAAAGUUAAAAAGGUUAUUUAUCAUAAGUCUAGCUAUUCAUCACUCUAAAAAGAGCCUUAAUGCUCUUUAAUGUCUAGUAAUAAGUAUGAUAAAGUAGAUGCAACAGGAAUCAAGAUCUCCCCAUGGAAAUAAAUAAAAACUGAAUGUAGUGAAUGUGUUUGCACGCAGGGAAUCAAAUAAAUAAUUGACGGAUAGCAGUUUUGCUUUCAAUAUGAAGUGUUAACUUAAGUUUGCAUUGUAGUUCAAAUUACUCCUAAAAAAUAAGUAGAAUAUUUAAGAGGCUGCUAUAAAAACAAUGUUUAUUAAGUAUUUAGAGCUGCCUAAGUUCAAGAAAAUUUAUCUUUUGAAGAUUUGACUUUAGAGAUAAGAGAAGUUUAGGAUCCAUAUAUAACGGCUCUUAGUCUUUCUUAGAAUGACAUUCCAAUCAAAUUUGAAAAUGCUAAUUUCCCCUCCAUAAUUAGACUCUUGUUUGAAAUAGGUUUCGGAAUUCUCGUUUUCACAAUCAUGCUAAAUUUAGCAUAUAAGGCAAACAGGUCUCCAAGUGCAAACAGAAGACGCACAAGAAUAACUUCAAUUAUUUAUUUAAAAGACUAAUGA